AUGGCCACCCUCACUAUGACUCCUACUCGUCAGCCUUUGGGCUGUUUGGACACGAUGCCGUUGAUGCGCUCGAAACUUAAUCGUCAGAACCAGCAAAAUGGUGCCAUGUCUGUGAAGACUCCAAUGAAGAGUAUGAAGAGCUCAAUCUUCAUUGACGCCGAUUCCGAGAAUAUCAAUCCAGCCAGCUUUUCCACAAAACGCAAACGUACCUUGGAGGACGACGAGGACAAGAGCGCGUCCAAGCCGGUCAAAACAUCCCGCAUGGCUCUUUCCACCCGUAUCAACAUCUCCCCCGUUCGCUCGACUCCCUCGAAGAUCUCAAUUACAACUCCCAAAUCAGCUCCCAUCCUUAAGCCCGCUGGUCGCUCCCCACCUCCCAAGUCAAGCAAGUCAGCCACUCGCCGUUCGCUCAUCGCCAAGCCCCGUUCAGAGCAAUAUAGCAAGCGCGGCGUCGCUCGUCCCUUCUCUCUUGCCUCCGCUCUUGCCAAAUCUACAACUCCCAACCCUGCUCCUGCCCCCAAGGCCCCGGCCUCGUGGUGCUUCGAUAUCCAUGUCGACACCGAGCAGGAGGAAAACACCAACCUGAUGCAACACUCAACCACUGUCCUGGAUAUCAGCGACGACGAGGGGAAAUCCGACCCCUGCCCUCGUGGAAAGGAGAAUAUUCCCCCUCAUGAACUGGGCAUCGAACUCCCCCGCGCUCGUCAGUCUACUGCCACCAACCCUGCUGCCGCUCGCAAGUCAGCAAAGAUGGAGGAGACCCGUGCUCCUCUCGGUGAGCUCAACGCUGCCGAAUACUAUGCCGAAGAUUGCAAUGCCUUCUCGUACGCAAUCAUUUAUGAUGAAGAGCACUCGCCCGAGUUUAAGAAGCCUUCUUCGCCUCUUGCGCAGAGUCAGCAGACCCUUGCCACUACUUCCAUUGCUCCUGUUUUGGAUGUUACUCCUGCCAAAACCCAGAAUCAAAAUCACGAGGACUCAACUGAUAGCAUGAAGUCUGCUCUUUGA